ACCCGGGGCCCACAAUUCAUUUGAAAUAGUCCUGCAACGUAGAUGGUGCCCAUGAUGGUAGAGGCGCUACUGUCCUUUCAGCUUUCAACUGCCAUUGCGAGCACGAGGCAUUCGCAUCAUCAAAAUGGUGAAAAUUAUGAAAAGUGGAAAGGUGGUGCUGGUCCUUAGUGGCCGGUACGCCGGGCGAAAAGCUAUUGUGAUGCGAAAUUUUGAUGAUGGAACAACCGAGAAGCAGUACGGCCACGCUAUGGUAGCCGGCAUUGACCGCUAUCCCCGAAAAGUACAUAAAAGAAUGGGGAAAGGAAAACUGCACAAACGGUCAAAGAUCAAGCCCUUCGUUAAGGUUUUGAACUACAAUCAUUUGUUACCAACAAGAUACACCGUCGAUUUACAAUUGGACAAAGUGGCACCCAAAGAUUUAAAAGAUCCAAUGAAGAAGAAGAAAGUUCGAUUCCAAACACGAGUGAAGUUUGAAGAAAGAUACAAAUCCGGAAAGAAUAAGUGGUUCUUCCAAAAACUGAGGUUCUAA